GUUUUAUUACGUAAAAUAGCUAUACAGUAAGAUGGGUUAAUCCCUUGAAAAAUAAAACAGGCCUACAGAUUUGACUUUUUUUUCCAUUUAAUAAAGGCAGCACAAAGUAUAUUCCCUAAUUGAUAUUUCAAUUAGGACACUAUAGAACUAGAAACUUUGGUAAUGUUUUUUUAAUAUGGAAUUUCGAUCAUUUACUUUAUCUGGGAAAGGUGCAGUGGGCUUCUUAGAGCCUUCACUGCAAGGGACCUGGCUGAUGUGACUUCCCCUCUGGUUCCUCAGGAGUGUUUACUGAGAACUUCUCCAUUCACUUUGUGAAUUUUCUGGGUGCACCCCAGUUGCAGGUCAUUGGCCAGGUUAUACUGCAACAAACAGUCUCUUUCUCCCAGUGUCAGAACAAUGUAAGGCCUUCCCAGUGCAUGAAAACGGUUUUACUGCCUGGUACCACGUUUUACUAGUAAAUCGUAAAAGCUUAUAUUUUAAGUCAACUGUCGUGGUUACUGUGGAAGGUACAUGAUAAUAUUUGUUGAUCAGAUUUCACUGAAAUAAAUAAUGUAUAAUGUACCUUAAAUGUUACAAGUGCCAGCUCUGUUAAUGUUUCUAACCUGCUGGUUAGUUCCACUGGGGUAACCAAGAAGAUGGAUGUUGGAAGUGAAAUCUUACGUGUAGAGCUGGCACUAGUCCAUGCAUGUGUAAUGAAAUGUAUUUGCUUUCAUUAGAGAAACCCUUGGGAGGAACACAACGGAACCAACUAAGAAGAGGUAAGCAGUCCGAUUCUCCUCUCAGGAAUACAAAUGGAAGGGCUGAGUGAGAAGCAGCUGGAAUGUUUGCUGACACACUGCAUUAAGGUGCCAAUGCUUGUCCUGGACCCUGCCCUGCCGACCAACGUCACACUGAAGGACCUACCAUCUCUCUACCCUUCUUUUCAUUCUGCCAGCGACAUAUUCAAUGUUGCAAAACCAAAAAACCCUUCGACUAAUGUUUCAGUUGUCGUUUUCGAUAGUACUAAGAAUGUUGAAGAUGCCCAUGCUGAAAUGUUUAAGGGAAACAGCAAACAGACAGUUUGGAGGGGCUAUUUGACAACAGAUAAAGAAGUCCCUGGCCUAGUGCUACUACAAGAUUUGGCCUUCCUGAGUGGGUUUCCACCAACAUUCAAGGAAACAAAUCAACUAAAAGCAAAAUUGCCAGAAAAUCUCUCUUCUAAAAUCAAACUGUUGCACCUGUACUCAGAGGCCAGUGUAGCUCUCCUAAAACUGAACAACCCCAGAGAUUUCCAAGAAUUGAAUAAACAGACUAAGAAGAACAUGACCAUUGAGGGGAAAGAACUGACCAUAAGUCCUGCGUAUUUACUGUGGGAUCUGAGUGCCAUCAGCCAGGCUAAGCAGGAUGAAGACGUCUCCGCCAGCCGCUUUGAGGACAAUGAGGAGCUGAGGUACUCGCUGCGAUCUAUUGAGAGGCACGCGCCGUGGGUUCGGAACAUUUUCAUCGUCACCAAUGGGCAGAUUCCGUCUUGGCUGAACCUUGAUAAUCCUCGGGUGACCAUAGUAACUCAUCAGGAUGUUUUUCGAAAUUUGAGCCACUUGCCUACCUUUAGUUCACCAGCGAUUGAAAGUCACAUCCAUCGCAUCGAGGGGCUGUCCCAGAAGUUUAUUUACCUGAAUGAUGAUGUCAUGUUUGGGAAGGAUGUCUGGCCAGAUGACUUUUAUAGUCACUCCAAAGGUCAGAAGGUUUAUUUGACAUGGCCUGUGCCGAACUGUGCCGAGGGCUGCCCGGGUUCCUGGAUUAAGGAUGGCUAUUGUGACAAGGCUUGCAAUAACUCAGCCUGCGAUUGGGAUGGUGGCGAUUGCUCGGGAAACAGUGCAGGGAGUCGCUACGGCGCAGCAGGCGGGGGCACCGGGGGUUUGGGAGCUGUGCAGCCCUGGCAGUUUGGAGGAGGAAUCAACAGUGUCUCUUACUGUAAUCAGGGGUGUGCCAACUCCUGGCUCGCCGACAAGUUCUGUGACCAGGCCUGCAAUGUCUUGUCCUGCGGGUUUGAUGCUGGCGACUGUGGGCAAGAUCAUUUUCAUGAAUUAUAUAAAGUAACUCUUCUCCCAAACCAGACUCACUAUGUUAUUCCAAAAGGUGAAUGCCUGCCUUAUUUCAGCUUUGCAGAAAUAGCCAAAAGGGGAGUUGAAGGAGCCUAUAGUGACAACCCCAUAAUUCGACAUGCUUCCAUAGCCAAUAAGUGGAAAACCAUCCACCUCAUAAUGCACAGUGGAAUGAACGCAACCACAGUAUACUUCAACCUCACACUUCAGAACAGAAACAAUGAGGAGUUCAAAAUCCAGAUAGCUGUCGAGGUUGACACAAGAGAGGAACCGAAACUGAACUCUACCACCCAGAGGUCUUACCAAACUUUGGUUAGCCCCAUAACGCCCCUUCCAGAGGUGGAGAUCCCAUUUGAGGAUAUUCCCGAAGAAAAGCGCUUCCCAAAGUUCAAGAGACGUGAUGAUAACACAACAGGGAGAGCGCAGGAGGAGGUGAGAAUUCCCCUGGUGAAUAUUUCACUCCUUCCCAAAGAGGCCCAGUUGCGUCUCAGUAACUUGGAUUUGCAGCUAGAGCGUGGAGACAUCACAGUGAAAGGAUACAACCUGUCCAAGUCAGCCCUGCUGAAAUCGUUUCUGAUGAACUCACAGGACGCUGAAGUAAAAAUAAACCAGGCUGUCGUAGCAGAUGAAAAAAAUGAAAGCGUGGAGGCCCCACUGGCAAAACAGGUUAGCAAAAGCGCCUUGACAAACAGCUUAGGAGCGUUGGAGAGAUUAUAUAGGUGGACUUUUCCAGCAGAGACCAUACAAGCGAAUGGCCUCUACCAGCAUCAGACUCCACUUCCCGACUUGGAAACCAAACCAAGCUUUCGAUCUGCAACUCAGACCCAAAAAGUAGGAGGUGGAAGUGUGUCCAAAGAAAAGCUCUCAUCUCUGCUUGUUCCACCAAAAAACCAGGUGCCAAGAGAAAAGGAAAUCAUAGGGAAAGAGCAAGACCGAAACAAAGUGGAGGACAAUGCUGAAAGUCACAUAGAUGUUAAUGAAGUAUUACCUGGAAGAAAACUGCAAUAUCACACAGACGGUUACCUGGGCUUUUUGCCGUGGGAGAAAAAAAAGUAUUUCCAAGAUCUUCUUGAUGAAGAAGAGUCUCUGAAGACGCAAUUGGCCUACUUUACUGAUAGCAAACACACUGGGAGACAACUAAAAGAUACAUUCGCAGAUUCCCUCCGAUACGUAAAUAAAAUUCUAAACAGCAAGUUUGGAUUCACGUCUAGGAAAGUCCCUGCACACAUGCCUCACAUGAUUGACCGAAUAGUUAUGCAGGAAUUGCAAGAUAUGUUCCCUGAAGAAUUUGACAAGACAUCAUUUCACAAAGUGCGCCACUCGGAGGAUAUGCAGUUUGCCUUUUCUUAUUUUUACUAUCUCAUGAGUGCAGUUCAGCCACUGAAUAUAUCUCAAGUUUUUGAUGAAGUUGAUACCGACCAAUCUGGUGUCUUAUCUGACAGAGAAAUCCGAACACUGGCUACCAGAAUUCAUGACCUGCCUCUAAGUUUGCAGGAUUUAACAGGUCUGGAGCACAUGUUAAUAAAUUGCUCAAAAAUGCUGCCUGCUAAUAUCACUCGGCUGAGCAACAUUCCAACAACCCAGGAAGCAUACUAUGACCCCAAUCUGCCACCCGUCACUAAAAGUCUAGUAACCAACUGUAAACCAGUAACUGAUAAAAUUCACAAAGCGUAUAAGGACAAAAACAAAUAUAGGUUUGAAAUCAUGGGAGAAGAAGAAAUUGCUUUUAAAAUGAUUCGUACCAAUGUUUCUCAUGUGGUUGGCCAAUUGGAUGAUAUAAGAAAAAACCCCAGGAAGUUUGUUUGCCUGAAUGACAACAUUGAUCAUAAUCAUAAAGAUGCCCAGACAGUGAAAGCUGUCCUCAGGGACUUCUAUGAAUCCAUGUUCCCUGUCCCAUCCCAGUUUGAGUUGCCAAGAGAGUAUCGGAACCGUUUUCUUCAUAUGCAUGAGCUGCAGGAGUGGAGAGCAUAUCGAGAUAAAUUGAAGUUUUGGACUCAUUGCGUACUAGCAACAUUGAUCAUGUUUACUGUAUUCUCUUUUUUUGCUGAACAGUUAAUUGCCCUUAAGAGGAAGAUAUUUCCCAGAAGGAGGAUACAGAAAGAAGCGAGUCCUGAUCGAAUCCGGGUAUAGAAGACCUUCCUUGGAAAGUCACCUACCUCAGCACUCACUGAGCGUUUGGAAGCUUCAGUCGCCGCUGGGCCCGGAGGGGGAGGCAGCCAGCGCAGUGCUUGUUUCGUGGCAGAGUGGAGCCUGUUGACCGGGAAUUGUGAAAAUGCGUGUUGAGCAAGUUCUGAACUGGUUUUACUCUGAAAGCAUUUGCUCACAGACCUGGCGUUCUUUAACGAAGAGGCCCGCUGACUGGAAGGAGACAGCUCCAAGUUCCCACGCGACCAUGGCCAUCUCGCUCCAACAGAAGCCCAGGCCACUUGCGGUGGCCGAGGGACCUGUCUUUGCAUUCCAAAGCCUUUUGCUGUGGUUUUACAUUUGUGGUCUUUUGUUCUCCUUUUUUCCAUUUCUCGUUUUUAAAAUAAGUAGCUACUAAGUUAACUAGUUGUUAUUGCUUCUGAAGAAUUGGGAUGUCUAAACAUGUUUUUAUAGAUGUUAUUUAAAUAAUGCAGCAAUACCACCUAUUGGCAAUAUCUAAAUUAUGAAUUUUAUUAAUGUUUUAAGACUGUUAAGUGGUCUUCGCUGACUGAUAAUUACUGACAAGUUCAAAGACUGACAUCUGGAAUACUUUGUCCUUGUUAUUUUAGCCCCUAAGAAUACUGUGAUUUCAUGUGGAAUUAUAAAGGGCUAGAGUUAAAGUAGCAGAGCUACUUUUCAGAUGUAAUUAUGUUUUGGAAGUGUACAUAUUCAAACAGAAGUGCCUCAUUUUAGAAAUGAGUCCUGCUGAUGGUACUGGCACCUUACAGUGUUGUCUUUUAUUACACCCAUCAGUAUAUUCCAAUUGGUUUCAUAUAAUGCAGGGAUCAGCAAACUUUUUAUGUAAAAAGCCACAUAGUAAAUACUUGCAGGUCAUAUCUGUGUCUCUUACAUUUUCUUCUUUGCUGUUUAGUUUAGUUAGUUUAAAAUAUUUUUUUAAACUUUAAAAAUGUCAAUACCAUGUUUAGCUUACAGCUGUACAAAAACAGGCCCCCAGCGGGAUUUGGCCCACAGGCCAUUGUUUGCUGACCAUUGGGAUAGAGAAUUAGUAUUUUUAUGUAUGGGUAAGCCCUGACAUUCAGCCAUAUUUUAUUUAUGUCAUUAUGCAUUAGAUUUCUGGAGACCAGAUUCCAUGAGUCCUUUUCGAACUCUGACAGGUAUUUUAGAUCAGGAUCUCAACAGUAUUCUUUCAAAAUGGCACACAUAUUUUGUAAAAAGAACUUGUGAUGUAAAUAUUGUGUUAGUGCUGUAAGAGUUAUGUAUUUCAAAAACUAGUCUCAUAACAACUUA